UAAGAGCGUCUGUCUGUCACAGCCCUGCAUCACCUACAGGUGGUUGUAGCUCAAACUUCACCACUCACACCGACAUAGAGGCAGGAUGAAGCUGCUGUUGGUUGCUGCUGCUCUGGCCGUCGCCAGCUGUGCCAGCAUCUCUCUGGAGGACCUGGAGUUCCACGCCUGGAAGCUCAAGUUUGGGAAGUCCUACAGCUCUCCAUCAGAGGAGGCUCAGCGCAAGGAAAUCUGGCUCACCAACCGCCGACUGGUGCUCGUGCACAACAUCAUGGCCGAUGAGGGCAUCAAGUCCUACCGCCUGGGCAUGAACUACUUCGCAGACAUGCACAACGAAGAGUACAAACGCCUGAUUUCCAAAGGCUGCCUGCGCUCCUUCAACGCUUCCCUUCCUCGCCGUGGCUCUACUUUCUUCCGCCUGCCUGAAGGCAUCGAGCUGCCAAACACUGUUGACUGGAGGGAAAAGGGAUACGUCACUGAUGUCAAGGAUCAGAAGCAGUGUGGCUCCUGCUGGGCCUUCAGUGCAACUGGCUCGCUGGAAGGUCAGAACUUCAGGAAGACUGGGAAGCUGGUGUCUCUGAGCGAGCAGCAGCUGGUUGACUGCUCCAGCGACUAUGGCAACAUGGGUUGCAUGGGAGGCCUGAUGGACAAUGCCUUCAACUACAUCCAAGCCAACGGAGGGGUAGACACAGAGGACUCCUACCCUUAUGAAGCUCUGGAUGGUCAGUGCCGCUUCAAGCCCGACGCCGUUGCUGCCAAAUGCACAGGCUAUGUCGAUGUGAGCCAAGGUGACGAGGAUGCCCUGAAGGAGGCCGUGGCCACCAUCGGACCUGUGUCUGUGGGCAUUGAUGCUUCUCAGCUCUCCUUCCAGCUCUAUCAGUCAGGAGUGUAUGAUGAGCCACAAUGCAGCAGCUCAGACUUAGACCACGGUGUGCUGGCUGUGGGCUACGGCACCGACAACGGACGUGACUUCUGGCUGGUCAAGAACAGCUGGGGUCUAGGUUGGGGAGACAAGGGAUACAUCAUGAUGACCAGGAACAAACACAACCAGUGUGGCAUUGCUACAGCAGCCAGCUACCCCCUGGUCUGAGCAGGUCCAGAACUUUCCUCAGUGAAGAGGAGAACAGUGACACAUGAUUUACUAUAAUUUAAUAGAUUUCAAGAAACUGAGUCAUGGAUCAUGUUCUUUUGUGGGUCCUUGGGAGUUAAGAGGAUGAAGAGUUCGUCUGAGCCAUGGCGCACAUUUAACAUCACUGUUUCAUGCAUGAUUGUAAAUAAAUGUAAAAAAAUAAAAUGUAUUUAGCAUAGAGAUAAAAGAAUAAACAUUUAUUUGUUUUUGA